UCUAAGUAUUGUUAUUUAAACGUUUGCUUCCAGUGUUUUUGUGCCGUGGAUAUGUAUUUCCCCGUCCUUACCUCACCCGUCAGAAAUACAGUAGCAGACAAUUUACUGCACAUACCGAAAUAAUUUACAAUCUUUAACGUAAACCGAGGACAACAGCGCGAUAGGAUGGUUCAGAUUUCUCCUCACAGUUAGUCAGUUAUGGAUUCCGUGUUUGAGAGGCACUGCUCGGAGCUGGUGGCCAGGGAGCGAAGCGGACAUACGGCUGUGCUGCAUGACAACCUCCUGUAUGUGUGGGGAGGCUAUAUGUCCGUCGCUGAUGAGGAAGUUUUCCUACCCAAUGAUGAAAUCUGGGUAUAUGAACUAGAAGCAGGUAUAUGGAAAGUAUUUCACAUGGACGGGCAAGUCCCUCCUUCCAUGUCUGGGACCUGCGGCUGCUCCAUGAAUGGACACAUGUACAUAUUUGGAGGUUGUGAUGACAAUGGACAGACCAAUCAGAUGUACUGUGUCGACCUGGCAGAUGGGAAAUAUACGUGGAAGAGGAUCAUGCAUGAGUUUGGCUCAGCUCCCUCUCAUCGAGACAAAUUGUCCUGCUGGGUUUAUAAUGGACGACUCAUCUACUUUGGUGGUUAUGGUCACAAACUUCUGACUGAUCUCGACCGGAGGAGUGGAAGCUUUAUUGUAGAUGAAACUUCAUGGCUCUUUUGUUAUUGCCAGGUGGGAGAUGUCUUUUGGGGAUGGAACAAUGAAGUUCACAUAUUUGACCCCAUGCAGUCCAGCUGGAGUGAACCACAAACCCAUGGCCGCGCUCCUGCUCCGAGGGCGGCCCAUGCCAGUGCUGCACUCGGUUGCAGAGGAUACAUAUGUGGAGGUAGAGUCAUGGAAACCAGGACAAAUGACAUUCAUUGCUUAGACUUUGAAUCGUGGACGUGGUCAGAAAUAACACCAUUGUCCUCCACUCCAGUGGGCAGAUCAUGGCACACGCUCACAGCAGUAUCAGACAGCACAUUGUUCCUGUUUGGAGGUCUCAGUGUUGAUUGCAAACCAAUGAGUGAUGGGUGGUUGUUUGAUGUUGAAACAAAGAAGUGGAAAGAGUUAGAGCAUCCCUUUAAGAAUAAGCCAAGGUUGUGGCACACAGCAAAUCCAGGCAAAGAUGCAGAUGUGAUUGUGUUUGGUGGAAGUUGUGACUAUAUCCUGCUUGUUGACACUGGUCACUGCAACGAUGCACUUGUUUUUCAGACGCAACCAUACCCUCUGUUCAGGAUUUGUGAGGAUUACAUUGCUAAAAAUGUGAGAAACAACGAGAUGCUCAAAAAUCAGCUUCCUCUCCUGCCUCCCAAACUACUGAAGACUGUACAGAGAAGGAUUUCUUUCUACAGGCCUUCAAAGAAGCAAACAAUUAGUUAAAAAAAAGACCUCAAAUGCCAAUCCAGUGAAGAUGCUAUCAUUCAUGUUUUAAAGUGCUAUAGCUAACAUAUAUUUUAUUGUUUUACAAAUUAAUAUUUUAUUUUGUAAGUCUGCCUACAGUCCCUGUGGUGACUGUGAUGAUUAAAUGACAGCUUGACACUU